GCCGGCGUGCGGUGUCCCCCCGCAGCCUCAUCGCUGGGCCCCGUCGGCGCUCCCCAUGCCCGUGUGGUGCUGCCGCUGCUCCCUGGCCGGUCACUUCAGAACUUACAACAGCACUGAAACCGAAGGACAGCUUUUGAAUUCCUUUGUUCAGUACUUUGGUGAGAGCCUUGGGAGGAAGAUUAAAAAAAUGCCUUUAAUUGAAGAAACUGUUCUGCCUGGGGACUCCCUUCUUACUCUGCCUGUAGUAAUAAUAGGAAAUGGACCUUCAGGAAUUUGCCUUUCUUACCUGCUCUCUGGAUACAGGCCAUAUUUGUCUCCUGAAGCUAUACACCCAAACACCAUCCUACAUACAAAAUUAGAAGAAGCUCGACAUCUCUCCAUUGUUGAUCAAGAUCUGGAGUACCUGUCAGAAGGUCUUGAAGGACGCUCCUCAAACCCAGUUGCAGUGCUCUUUGAUACAUUGCUUCAUCCUGAUGCUGACUUUGGCUAUGACUACCCACCUGUUCUGCACUGGAAGUUAGAACAACAUAAUUAUAUUCCCCACAUAGUGCUUGGAAAAGGACCACCUGGCGGGGCUUGGCACUCCAUGGAGGGCUCUAUGCUAACCAUCAGUUUUGGAGACUGGAUGGAAUUGCCUGGCCUCAGCUUUAAGGAGUGGGCAGCUAGCAAACGCAGAAAUAUAAAGAGUGAUCGAGUAAUGCCAGAGGAAAUAGCUUGUUAUUAUAAACACUAUGUCAAAGUCAUGGGUCUCCAAAAGAAUUUCAGAGACAAUGUUUACAUAACAUCAGUGUCCAGGCUUUACCGAGAAAAGGAUGAUGAAGGCAGAAGUCACCAAAAUGAAGAUAUUUCAACACUGCAUUUGGAAAUGGAAGAUGGACAGAAAUCACUUACUAAGAGAAACUGGGAAGUUAGAGGCUAUCAGCGAGCAACAGAUGGUUCUCAUGUGCCCUUCUGCCUUUUUGCUGAGAAUGUGGCUCUUGCAACUGGAACCUUUGAUUCUCCUGGCCGACUGCAAGUUGAGGGAGAAGACUUUCCUUUUGUCCUCCAUUCCAUGUCUGACUUCGGAGCUGCAAUCAGCAAAGGAAAGUUACGUGGGAAGGCAGACCCUGUGUUGAUUGUGGGUGCUGGACUAACAGCAGCUGAUGCAGUGCUAUGUGCCUAUAAUAACAACAUCCCAGUAGUCCAUGUGUUUCGUAGAAGAGUUACCGAUACAAGCCUAAUUUUCAAGCAGUUACCUAAAAAGCUUUACCCUGAAUACCAUAAGGUCUAUCACAUGAUGUGUACUCAGUCUCAUACCGUGGACUCUAAUCAACAUUCUGCUUACACUAGUUUCCCUGAACACAAUGUACUUUCCUUCAAGCCUGAAAUGAAAUGUGUUCUUCAGAGUGCCUCUGGACUGAAGAAAAUCUUGAAGUUUUCUGUAGCCUUAGUUCUGAUAGGUUCUCACCCAAAUCUUUUCUUUUUAAAGGACCAAGGACAUAGCAUAGGUCAUCACUCUAAUCAGCCCAUCACAUGCAAGGGGAAUCCUAUAGAGAUUGAUCCAUACACUUAUGAAUGCACUAAAGAAGCCAACCUUUUUGCUUUAGGGCCUCUGGUGGGAGACAACUUUGUACGGUUUUUAAAAGGAGGUGCACUGGGCAUUGCACGAUGCUUGGCAAUAAGACAAAAGAAGAAACAUGAAUUGAUUGAAAGUGGGGAUGGAGGAGGUGAUGGGGUACCAUAA